AUAUAUGUCUACAUAAAAACCAUAGUGUACAAUAAAUUGAAUUUUUUGCUGCUUUUGCCCAUAUAAACCCACACAUAAAAGUCCCUUUCACUAUACCUAUUUUACCACACAGUUACACACACAAGGACAGACAUGUUUUAAUGUAGUAUGUCUCUUUGACUUGGACUCUCUCACUCACACUCACACUCACACUCACUCUCACACUCACACUCACACUCACACGCUUGCAAAUCAGCAUUCUCAGUAAAAAAAAAAACACACCAUCGAUCACACUACACGCACUCAAUUUUACACCAUUUUUUGCUCAUCAGGAACGCUAAUUCCCAUCCCUGCACCACGACCGCCGGCGAUGGGCACACUACGCCGCCGCCGUCGACUGUUGCUCUCCAGCGCCACCGUGGCUUUCCUCCUCCUAAUUGCGUCAGUCUCGGCUCUUGCCCACAACCCAACUCGCCAUUUCCUCAGUGUUGGAGUGAGGAAGAUUAGGGAGGAGGUGGCGGCCGAGGGGUUGAUGGCACGGCGGCGACUCGGGGGGCCGGGGUCGUCGCCGCCGACAUGCAGAUCCAAGUGCGGGAGGUGCGCACCAUGUAAACCGGUUCACGUGCCGAUUCAACCCGGGUUCAGUAUGCCAUUGGAGUACUAUCCAGAGGCCUGGAGAUGCAAGUGCGGAGACAAGCUCUUCAUGCCUUAGAAAAUUAAAAAAAAAAAAAAAAGGAGAAAUUUUCAGUGAAAAUCUUUUCUUUUCUCUUUUUUUUUUUGUAAUUUUGUACUAUUUUGGGGAAUUAUUAUUAUUAAUUUUGCUAUAUAGAUAUAAUAAUAAUGCAGAAACACAGAGUGUAGUACAGUAGUGUUGAUGAGAUAACAAACUGUUCAGUGGUUCAGACUUUGAGAAGCCUUUCAAUUUUCUUUCUGUUUUUUUAAUUAAAAAAAUUAAAUUUCUUUUUAUUUUGCUAUCUUACA